GUUCCCACACUCCAUUUGUGAUCGAUCUGCCGAGCUCCAUCAAGGAAUGGAAGAGCUCUUGGUGCUGGGCAGCGGGGCGAUGGGACACAAUGGAGGGGGACCCCCUGGCGCCUCUUACGGUCCCGGCGAAGUUUUCAACACUUAGUGAGUAUAGUAGUUGAUAUUUUGUUUCUCUUCGGCCGGGCUUGUGUUUAACAGAAAUGUUUCCUUUCGCAGGUUCCCUCCCUCGGUGCGAGCUAUCGACAGAGGACUUCGACACUAUCUGUAUUAUUUAUCAGCUGCCUCAAAAGAAGAGGUCAUAUCACAGGCUGAUUCGGAAAAACAUACAUUUCAUCACUCAUGACUUAAUGGCGUCCCAAGAUAACUUCAACAAGAAGCUGCCAGUACGCCCCGACUUCAAAACCAUUCAGAAAAUGAUGGCUGAAGCAAGGGCGUUGAAGGCCUCCUCCUCUUCGUAUAAGAAGCAAAUGGAGGAGCUGGUGGAGGCCAGUAAGAGACUUCAGCCUCCGACGGAGAAGGAGGUUCAGGAGGAUCCGGAGGCCGACCUCCGAAGGAAGGGCAAGAAAAGUACUGCUCCUCCCAGACGCCCAACUGUGGCGAGGCCACCCCCAGUUAUGCGGCAGACAACUAUUCCCAUGGGGGUGGCCCUCCUAGAAAGAAACCCCACUGCUACGGAGCCUGUCGCUACCCCGGACACGUCGCCCCUUACGGCCGUACCUAUUGAACACGUUCCGGGGCAGCAGAGGAGGAAAAGGGCCCGCUCCAGCAAAGAAGUUGACUUCCUCGGCACCAGUUCAGAAGAGCCAGUAAGGGAGGUGCUGGAGGCUCUCCCCCCGGAAACAGCUGCAGUGGCGGUAGUCCACAGCAAGUAUUGGACCGAAGAGUGGAGGGACCACACCGCCUCCUGCACGGCCGAAGACUUGGUGGCGGCGAACAGCGCCUGCGUGGCCCGGGCACUGAGCACAAGUAUCCAACUCGAGGGCUUG